AUGCUUUAUAGUCUUUCAAAAGAAUUAAAAGGCCAUGAAGGAUGUGCCCGAUGUGUAUGCGUUCUAAAAGACAAUCGAAUUGUGACUGGAGGACUGGAUAAUCAAAUAAUUAUUUGGAAUUAUAUUAACGAUGCUUGGAUGCAAGAACAUCAGCUAUUACACCACAAAAAAUAUGUAUUGGCAUUAGAACCCUCAAAAACUCAACAAAAUGAUGAAUCUAACCAAAUCUAUUUUUAUUCGGGUGGGCUUGAUGAAAUAAUUUACCGUUUGUCUGCUAUAGAUGGCAAAAUAUGCGCAACUUACAGAGGGCACAAAUCGGCGAUCUGCAAUAUAAAAGAGUUGAAUGAAUUGAAUAUUUUAAUUUCUGGAAGUUGGGACGGUACUGCAAGAAUUUGGGAUUUAAAUUCUUCCGAAUGCAAACACGUAUUAAGUAAUCAUCAACACGCAGUCACAAUCUCAAUUAUUUCACAACCAAAUAGUACAGAAUUCUUUUUAUUAACUGGAAGUCAAAAUAAAUCCCUAGUAUUAUGGAAAAUUCCACAAGUUAAGUUAAUAAAAACUAUCCCUAAUUCCCACGAUGAUAUUAUUCGCUCUAUAGGUAUUUCUAACAAUAUUUUUGAGAAAGAAUCCCUAGUUGUUAUAACUGUUUCAAAUGACUGCGCAAUAAAAAUUUGGCAGCUUUUCUUAGAAUUAGGAAACGAAAAUCUGGUUUUAAAGAAUACGAAAAGACAUCACAAAUCAUUUAUUUUUGAUGUAAAAUUUUCAAACUAUUACUCUGAACGUUUUUUUACUGCAUCUGAUGAUUGUCAUGUUGCAAUAUGGCAACUAAAAAAUAAUUUCGAAAUCAGUUUAUUGCAGAACAUUGUUUUGAGUUCAACUGUCUGGAAUUUAACAGAAAUGAAUGGCAUUGACUCCAUAUUAACCGUGUCGGAAGACGGAAUUUGUAGGAUUUGGAUUACUUGUACCACAGAUCUCAAAUUAAAAAACUUACUAUCUUCAAAAAAACCAGAUUCAAUUCAAAGUCCGAAAUAUGUUGAUUCCAAAGAUUUGCAAAAUAAUCAAGAAGAGAGUACUAUUCAACUAAAUGAAAUUCCAGAAAUAAACAAAUUGAGCUCAAUUACUGCAGAAAAAAUCGGUACUAUUCGGAUUUUUAAAGAUGCAAAUGAUCUAAAAGCAUAUGAAUGGGCAAAUAAUUGCUGGAAUUUUUUAGGAAUAAUAACUGGCAUCAAUAAUCAAAGCAGAAAAGUUAAUUAUCUGGGUGAUAAAUACUUUGAUAGUGGUCUGUAUGAUCUAGUUAUUAAACUUGAAACAGAAUUUGAUUGUAAUCAUAACAUAUUACCAUUCAAUUUUGGAGACAGUGUAAUUGAAUCAGCUGAAAAGUUUUGCUUAAGGGAAGGAAUUAACAGAAAAUAUUGUAAAAUAAUUAUUGAAUCAAUAAUUAAUAGUAUUCCUAUUGUUAAUAACAGCAUUAUUACUACAUUUAAUGAAUUGUUUGAACCAUGCUUUGAGUUUAAAUUAUUUAAAAGGUUCAAUAUUAAUAGCUUAAUUUCUUCAUUUACAAAAGAACAAAAAAUUUAUUCUGAUCAGUUUAAUAGCAGCUAUCAAAUCUGUGUAAAUGAUACGAAUUAUCUUUUUAAUAUGGAAAUUGAACAUUUAAAUGACUUGUUUCUUAGGCUAAAAAGUGAAACUUGUAGCGAGACUCAUUUUUUCAAAUCAUGUAAAAUAAAAUCUAUCGAAAUGGACGUUAUUUAUAAGAGGCUGUCAAAUUUUAUUGGAAAUAACUCUUUGAGUAUUCCAAUUAUUGACUUAUGGAGAAUCCUUGCGCUUCACCCUCAAAGCAGUGACGUUCAUAAGAAAACUGAUCAAGGGUGGUGGUUAAUUGCAUUAGUAUUGAAGGUUGUUGACUUAAUUUCUUCCGAUUAUCUAACUAACCCACUCAUAAACGAAAAUAAUGAGUUCAGAGGUUCUCUAUUCCUAAUUUGUAUUCGGUUUUUUUGUAAUAUGUUCCAAAAUUCCAUAAAUAGAGAAGUAAUGCUGUAUAAAAUGCAGGAAAUAAUAUCGAAGAUUGAUGAAUCAACAAUUAAAUUGGCAGGAAGAAACUUUCAGCUUUCAUUAAGAGAGAAUACAAAUAAAAAUGUGAUUUUGGCAUGCUUAGCAUUUAUGUUCAACUAUAUUGUUGCUCUAAACAAUAAAAAUUGCAGCUCCAUUAAUUCAAGAAAUUUAAUCAUUUUAUAUGUUUGUAAAUUAAUCCCGUUGACGAAACACGAUGAUUUUGUAAAAUAUAUUGAUGAAAUCCUUCAUUAUCAACUACUGAUUUUUACUAAUAAUUAUUAUCACUUAAUUAAAUUUGAAAACCAUACUGAUGUAUAUAUUCUUGAAGAUAGGGAUAUUGGGAUUAUUUCAGACCUAAUAUUGAAAUGCAACAAAAGUUCUUCAAAUUUAAAAACACUUUAUUGUCAUCUUCUUACAUCAAUAAAUAUAAUAAAGAACGGGAAAAACUUAUAA